AUGUGUUUUGCUGACACUUUAAGUAGGGCCUAUCUUAUCACUGACUCUGAUUCAGUUGAAGAGAACAUGCAUGACAUACACAGCAUCAACCACCGCACCUACUUAGCAAUAUCUGAUGAACGAUAUUCACAGAUAAAGGAAGCUACAGAAAAAGAUGAAGCUCUACAGUUGCUGAAGAAGAUCAUACUUGAUGGAUGGUCUGACUCUUCGAAAGAAGUCCACCCGGAUAUACAAGUGUAUUUUCCGUUUAGAGAGGAGUUAGUCGUUCAAAACGGUGUCAUCUACAAGGCCGAGCGAGUUGUCGUUCCUAGAUCUAUCACACAUAGUAUAGUACAGCGUAUACAUAACUCUCAUAUUGGUAUCCAAGGAUGUAUCCGUCGUGCCCAGGACUAUGUCUACUGGCAAAAUAUGUCGAAGGACAUUGAAUCGUACAUUGGUCAAUGUGCUGCAUGUAAUACUUACCAGGAUGAUCAACAGAAGAAGCCUAUGAUCAGCCAUAAGAUUCCUAUUCGUCCUUGGCAAACAAUACGAUGUGAUCUGUUUGAAUGUGAAAGCAAAGAUUACCUCAUACUCGCAGAUUACUGUUCAGAUUACUUUGAGGUUGAGAGACUUCAUAGUAAAACAGGAAGUUCAAUCAUUCGCAUGAUGAAAUCACAGUUCGCACGUCAUGGAAUCCCAGAUGGAGUAAUAUCGGACAAUGGACCGCCAUUUGGAAGUCGAGAGUUUGCAGAAUUCAGUAAAAGUUAUGAAUUCGAGCAUGUUACAGCGUCCCCUAGAUAUGCACAAUCUAAUGGCAAGGCCGAGAACUCUGUAAAGAUUGCCAAACGGCUUAUUCAUAAGUGUACAAUGGACGGUAAAGAUCCAUUUUUGGCGCUUCUGGAUCUACGCAAUACGCCUACUCAAGGAAUAGGCUACUCACCUGCACAACGGAUUUUUGGUAGACGCACCAAAACGCUAUUACCAGUAGCUGAAUAUCUACUCAGACCACGUUAUGCUGACCGCACCAGGGAAAAACUCUAUGAACGCAAGGAACGUCAGACAUACUACUAUAAUCGAGGAGCUAAGGAGCUGAAACCCUUAUCAGAAGAAGAUACCGUUCGUAUUAGACCUACAGGAAAUGAAAAGGGAUGGAAAAAAGCAUUUGUUCAGGGACAGAGUGAUAUACAUUCAUACAAAGUGAGAACCGAGGAUGGUCGUGUAUACCGACGCAAUCGACGUCAUCUCCGAUUUAGUCGAGAACCAUUCCGCCCUGAUCAUGAAAAUUCAGAGCCUGAACUGUUGACUGAUCAAUCACAGUGCAAUGAUGACCCAGUUCCUAAUAUGUUGACGGUGCGACCGUUAGGGCGAGCGCAGAUAUUUAUUCAGGUUUAA